CCUACUUGCAUGUCUGGCAUCCAGUCUUAAAAUUGUAGGUGCGUCGAUUUACCCCCUCCUCACUUAUUUUACGGAAUGCUGGUUUCGUCGUAGUCGUCGUCGUCCGCAUCUUCGUUCUUUCACACCAAUGAUGUACUUGCGUGUAGGUAACGCAUAUACUCUCAACAGUAUAUAAGCUUUCUCCUUCCUCUAUAAUGGCUUUGUCCUCGGAGCAUAUACCUUCCAAUAUCUGGCUCUAAUUUGUCUCAUACAUUUUCUUUUCUAGCAAUGUUCCUUCUUAAUCAGAAGAACAGAUCACCUGUUUCCUCAUCGCUUUGAUGUCGGCGACUGGCUCCGCAGCUCUUAGUUUUCAGGCGACACAGACAGAUGCUUCCACGUUUCUUCCCACUCCUAUUACUACUUUUAUUACUACUCUGGUUCCUCGUACUCAGUUUGUUACAAUCGACCCCAUCACCAUUCUAGACUAGACAGUUGCAGCUAAAAUCAUUACACUCGAUAUCGCCGAAUGCAGCCCAACAGCCACGCCAGAUUCAAAUGGAUACGUUCCACCAGGCAACUGCAAUGCCCAAUAUAACUACUACCCGUCUUUUGCUGCUGCGCUCGUUGCCGCUAUCUUUUUUGGCGUCGUUACAUUUGUUCACAUCGCUGAGGGUAUCAAGUAUAAAAAGGGGUUCUAUUAAACUCCAUCUAGGAGUUUGGUUCUUACGCCACGAGGACAAUAAGUAUGCGGAACCAACAGAAUUCACGUCUAGCACUUAUUUCUCAAAUUCUUAUCCUCCUCACCCCGAUAUGUAAGUAGCAUCUUGUCUCCCUUUACGCACAUCCUAUUUUAACGAUCGCAAAUUAUCAACGCAUACGUCUACACACAGUUUGUAAGGGGAUAACAAGUUCGUCAACAAGUGGGGCCGCAAACAAAGCUGCCACCAAGGCGCCCGUGCACCAGAAAGCUAGGGUUGGACUCAGCUGUGGGUUCAAUCGUGGUAUCGUGGAUAUUGUGGAUAGCCUCAUCUGAAUAGCAACACAUGUUCAGUAGUGUUGCCGCGGUGGUUGUUGAUAUAACUGGCAUUUGUACGAUAUGGUUCGAAACAUAGCCACGGACGGUGCCAAUGAGAGUCGUGAAGGUCUCUUGCGGCCGUCGCUCGACCAAGCCUAUCGAUCCUCUUCCGAUUCCGACCUCGAUGCAACCCCACCUUCUACGGAGCCUUCCGAAAUGAAGCCCUUGUCGAAGCUCCGCCGGAGCUGCACCCGCCGCUCAAAAUGCUGCCUCAUGAUCGCCGUGGUGGUCAUUAUAAUCGGAAUCGUGGGUGGUGGGGGCGGAUGGUGGGUUUACAACAUGGUGCCGCUGGACGGCGAGUCGCCGCCAUGGUACCCAUCCCCACUCGGAGGAGAGAUCGACACGCCGUGGAAAGAGAGCUAUGCCAAAGCUGCGAAACUGGUUGAGAAGAUGACACUGCCGGAAAAAGUAAAUGUCUCGACCGGAGUAGGCUGGCAGAUGGGCCUCGCAGUAGGCAACACUGCACCAGCUACACAUGUCGGCUUCCCGAGCCUGGCGCUCCAAGAUGGGCCUCUGGGCAUUAGAUUUGCCGACAAUGCUACAGCAUUCCCGGCGGGGUUGACGGUUGGCGCGACGUGGAACAGAACGUUGAUGUAUGCAAGGGGGAAAGCGCACGGUCAGGAAGCGCGCUUGAAGGGCAUAAAUGUUCUCCUUGGCCCCUGCGUUGGGCCACUUGGGCGCAUGCCUGCAGGUGGCAGGAACUGGGAAGGAUUUGGAGCCGAUCCGUACCUCCAGGGCGUUGCUGCCGCCGAGACGGUCAAGGGCAUCCAGGGCGAAGGAGUCAUGGCUACAAUCAAGCACUACAUUGGGAAUGAGCAAGAACACUUUCGGCAGGCUCGGGAAUGGGCCAUCCCAAAUGCCCUCAGCUCAAACAUUGGCGACAGGACUUUGCACGAGCUCUAUCUAUGGCCAUUUGCUGAUGCCGUUAAAGCGGGCGUUGCAAGUGUCAUGUGCAGUUACCAGAUGACGAAUAACUCAUACUCUUGCGCCAAUAGCAAGUUGAUAAAUGGCAUUCUAAAAGAUGAACUCGGAUUUCAAGGAUUCGUCCAGUCCGACUGGCUGGCGCAGCGAGCUGGGGUGGCGAGUACAUUGGCAGGGUUAGACAUGAGCAUGCCAGGAGAUGGUCUUGUAUGGGCAAACGGCCAGUCGCUCUGGGGCCCUGAACUUACCAAGUCGGUUCUCAAUGGCUCUGUGCCUGUAUCUCGGUUGAAUGAUAUGGUGACCCGUAUUGUCGCAGCAUGGUACCAACUCGGACAGGAUGACGGAUCUAAAUUUGACCGAAAGGGGCCAAACUUUUCGUCGUGGACGAAUGAUGCCAAAGGACGUCUUCACCAUGGUAGCCCAGAUGACAACAGCCUUCAAAUAGUCAAUCAGUUUGUCAAUGUUCAAGGCGAAGAGGAAAAUUCCCACGCCGAAAUCGCAAAGGAGGUGGCAAUACAAGGGACGGUGUUGCUCAAAAACAGCGGCAUCUUGCCCCUUAGCCGUGUGGGCUGGCCAGAGGAUUCGACACAGGACAGGAAGUUUAGGAUUGGCAUAUUCGGGGAAGACUCUGGGCCUGGCAAUGGGCCAAAUGUUUGCGAGGAUCGUGCCUGUAACCAGGGAACUCUAGGAUCUGGAUGGGGCUCUGGGGCCGUUGAGUUUCCGUAUCUCAUUACGCCAGUUUCUGCGAUCAAGGCGGCCGUCAAUAAGGCCAAAGUCGACGUAGCCGACUCAUUGACCAACAAGGCCCCGCCAGGAAGCUCGUCGAUGCUGAAGGACGAAGAUAUUUGUAUCGUGUUCGUGAACGCUGACUCGGGCGAGGGCUACAAGAAAUCCGAUGGCAUUGCGGGCGAUCGAAAUGACCUCAAAUUACACAAGGAUGGCGAUAAGCUUGUCCAGCAGGUAACAAACGGCUGUGGUGGCGGGAAAGGCGAUACUGUUGUCGUUGUCCACGCCGUUGGCCCUGUGUUGAUGGAAAGCUGGAUUGAUCUUCCCGGCGUGAAAGCCGUGGUUAUGGCUCAUCUUCCUGGCCAAGAAAGCGGCAAUGCCCUCGUCGAUAUCCUUUUCGGCGAUGCGAACCCGAGCGGUAAACUUCCAUAUACAAUCGGAAAGAGUCUUGACGAUUAUGGGAGUGGAGCCAAGGUUCUCUAUUUGCCCAAUGCGCCGAUCCCACAGCAGAACUUCUCUGAAGGCAUCUACAUCGACUACAGACACUUUGACAAAUAUGACAUCACACCGCGCUUCGAGUUUGGAUUUGGUCUCUCCUACACCAAGUUUGAGUAUAGCGAUAUUCAAGUCACUACCGUCAAGGGGAAGUCGGCACUACCUGACCUGCGGCCAAAUGCCACAGCUCCGCCAACUUAUGAUCAAACACUUCCCGACCCCUCAUCUGCGCUCUACCCUUCUGGAUUCAGAAGGUUAGCAAAGUACAUUUACCCCUACAUCAACAACGUAUCGGGUAUUACUACAGGGUCAUAUCCAUACCCAGAUGGCUACAACACGACACAGCUGGCAUCCCAAGCCGGUGGCGGCGAGGGUGGCAACCCAUCACUUUUCGACGUCCACGCUACCGUGUCCGUGACCCUGAAAAACACUGGUGGGGUGUCCGGCGCAGAAGUUGCGCAAUUGUAUUUAUCAUACCCUAAGUCCCCAGUUCCUAGCGACUCCAUGGGUGGGAUGAGACGAGGUGGCUGGUUCGACACUGAUAUGAGUGACUUCCCGGUUAAAGUGCUGAGAGGCUUUGAGAAGAUAAAAUUGACGCCGGGAGAGGUGAAGGAUGUACACUUCAAGUUAACUCGAAGAGAUCUGAGUUUCUGGGAUGUGAGGGAGCAAAACUGGGUUAUGCCUGUUGACGGGGCGUUUACGAUAAGGGUUGGGAGUAGCUCAAGGGAUAUCAGGCUUGAAGGAAAAUUCUAAUGUGUUGGUCUGGUCUUAUGACAUGGGAAGCGGGCGUUUGGAAUCGAUACCAAAAUUAGAAGGGGUGUAUGGGAGAUGCUCCUUGAAAAUAUUGGUAGAAUGGGGAAUUUUAGUAUGUAAAUCAAUUGACAAAUAUCGUG